CAGAAGAGAUGACAAAAAGUCACCCGGAAAAGCGUAGAUGUUACCGAAGCGAAGUAAGCUAUGACAUAAGGGGGCUUGUCAACAAACAAAAUGGCGACGGUCAAGGUGGCAGCGGCUUCUUCGGUCAUACAAUUCUUUACCAGAUCAACCAGAAAGCAUUCCGAUUCUCGGGCACGUUACAAGGCGCAACAGCUGAAGCAAAGUACGGCCAUCUUUCUGGAUGCGACCAUUCGAUCAACGAACAUUCAGGGACAAAAAUCUUUGAAGAUUCUCCGUCACAUCAUCAAGCACACGGAACGCGAAAUUCUGCAAUACAUUCCCGAGAAACAAAUGAUCCUAGAAUGUUCCCUGGUAUUGGUCCAGGCCUACGUAGCCCAUCUGAAGUUAUCCCGCAACUUCUUCGACCGAUUCCGCAGGCAACCGUUCGCCAGCGCGAAGAAAUGUUUCCAAUCGCUGAUCUAUCUUCUGAUUCCGGAAAUGCAGGAGAUGGUUAUCGACACCAUUCUCAACUUCCUGCAACGUGAGAACCUCUGGAAGGUGGAGUUCAUUUGCGUUGAAAUACUAACAAUGGUUCUGGAAUGCAAAAGUCCUGCCUCGCUGCUGCUCUACAAGAUCGUCAACUACGUCGAGACAUUACUGGCAAGAAACGAUGUCUUGCAAGCUCGUCACACAGUAGUGGUUCUGCAGAAUAUCAUCCAGCCUCAGUACUGGGACGAAAUCAAGCAUUCCGAUAUGUCGAAACUGUUGCGCUUCUACCACAGCAGCGCCAUCAUCGGAGAAUCCAAGAACCAAAUCUACGAGCUGCGGCGUGGCUUCGAAAUAUGUCUACGCAAUCUGAUCAGGGUCAUAAAAACUGACCAGCUGAUCAACUUGCUGAUCACCAUGCUUCCGCUCACGUUCGACACAAUUCUUUCGGACGAAGCCAUGCUGGAAUUCGGAACCACCGUUGAAUUCGCUGCAUCGACUCUGGCACUGUCGGAAAACCCUUCUCCGGAAGAAAUCCUCAUUCAAGAAUAUCUCUUGGCUUACAUCCAGUCGAACACCGCUUCUAAAAGCAUCCUAGCCAGUCGAAUCUUUGCGAAAAUUCUCGAUCGAGGUUGCAACUUCCUGCAGUUCAACACCCCGAAGAUAUUCCACGAGGGUACCUACUACGACAUAGACAUCAACCGGUACAAUCCAGCUCAACGGCAGAUGUUCGAAACGCACCGCCGAGAGUUCGAGAACGCCCUGAGCAAUGCCAUAGAAUACCACAGUCAACGGCGUACCAAUCUGGAAGUCUUCUACAACGUCAUCUGCAUGAUCUUGGUGGAGAUCCCCUGUGGAUACACGGCUUGCGCCGUAGUCUGCCUGCUACUGGGCAUCCAACGGCGUCUACUGGACACCUCGAACGGAAACAACUCCCAUUACAACCAACAGCAGAUGAACUGUAUCCACGCUACCUGUAUCAGUAUCAUGACUCUGAUCAACUGGAUUCACCGGGGAUCGUCCUUAACGGACUACGUGAACACGGUGCUCAAUCGACGAUUCGACCAUGCCCCUCAGUUGAACCCGCCACUGAAGGAGAUCUACGAGUACGCCCAGCAUCACGUCACCUGGAACGAGACUACGCUGUUCUUCGACGCCCUGGAGUUGCGCUACGGACUGUGGAAGUGUUUCCGGAUCAACGAAACAAAGAUUCCGGCACCGCAGAUGGUGUAUUCUCGGUUGGGCGGAGCGCCCGGGAGUGGUCGCAAGAGCAAGGGUCGCCGGCGGAACACCGGAUUCUACAGGAUUGGACUGUGAGGAGGGAUGGGGGAUGUUCUGAAGUGUUGUGGGGGACUGCAACUGUACUAGUUUCACGUGCAUCUUGGAAGCUGUAGCUAAUUAUAUCCAUACUCUUAAACAGAUUCGUUAGCGAGAUUCUUGCAAAACUCCCUGAUUCCAUUCCCAAGUUUAUUAACUCUAUUCCAUAAAUUCUUUGGUAAAUUCCUAAAAAAAGGGUGUCUGUCAAUUCGUCCAGGAAUUUCUGUGGGAAUUCUUCAGAGUGUUGCUCCAAGAAUGUUCACAGAAAGUCCUUCAUGAGUUCUUUAUGAAGUCCGUUGUAGACCAAUUUCAGAAAUUCUUCAAGAAGUUUUUCUGGAAGUUCGUCCAGGAAAUCUCCAGAGUGUUGGUUCAAGAUUUUUUUCCAGAAUUUCGUUUUCGAGUUCCUUAAGUAGUUUAUUCUAGAGCUAUACCAACAACUCUUCGAAAAAUUCAUCAAAAAGUUUCUCUGGGAGUUCCGGCUCAGGAAUUUCUCUGGGGAUUCGUCAGAAUUUUGCUCCAAGAUUUUUUUCCAGAAGUUCUUUUGUAAUAAGAAAGCUUAUUCUACAUUGAGCAUUCCCACAACUUCUUCGGGAAAUUCUUCAAGAAAUUUCUCUUGGAAUUCGUUCCAAGAAUUUAUCUGGGUAUUCUUCAGAGAGUUGCUCCA